UGACGAAAUUAAGUAAAUAGAGGAGCAGUGUCCAGAGAAUAAGAAAAUAGUGAUAAAACAGCGAUAUUAAAAUACACAUUUUGCGGUUGGUUCAUGCUGAAGAACAUUUAUAUGAUAACCAGCUCCGGGGUCUAACAAAGGUUUAAAGGUGACACUGUCCUGCAAUGUUCACAGACAUGGACUACGAUCUGGAGGAGGACAAACUGGGGAUACCGACAGUACCUGGGACUGUGUGUCUGAAGAAGGAUGCUAAUAACCUUAUUGGAAUCAGCAUCGGGGGAGGGGCUCAGUACUGCCCUUGCCUCUACAUUGUCCAGGUCUUUGACAACACACCAGCGGCUCUGGAGGGGACGCUGGCUGCAGGCGAUGAAAUCACAGGCGUUAACGGCAAACCAGUGAAGGGAAAGACAAAAGUGGAGGUGGCCAAGAUGAUUCAGGCUGUCCAGGGAGAAGCAACAAUUCACUACAACAAACUACAGGCAGAUCCGAAGCAGGGAAAGUCUCUGGAUAUAGUGCUGAAAAAAGUCAAGCAUCGCCUGGUGGAGAACAUGAGUUCAGGCACCGCAGAUGCUCUUGGACUCAGUCGAGCUAUUUUAUGCAAUGAUGGUCUGGUUAAAAGACUGGAAGAGCUGGAGAAAACAGCAGAGCUUUACAAAGGGCUCAUGGAACACACAAAGAGGCUGCUCAGAGCUUUCUUUGAACUUUCUCAAACUCAUAGAGCAUUCGGAGACGUCUUUUCAGUCAUCGGGGUCCGAGAGCCCCAGGCAGCGGCCAGUGAGGCCUUUGUGAAGUUUGCCGACGCUCACCGCAACAUUGAGAAAUACGGCAUUCAGCUGCUCAAGACUAUCAAACCUAUGCUCCAUGACCUGAACACGUACCUCCACAAGGCCAUCCCAGACACGAAGCUCACCAUCCGAAAGUACCUGGACGUCAAGUUUGAGUAUUUGUCUUACUGCCUGAAGGUGAAGGAAAUGGAUGAUGAAGAAUACAGCAGUAUUGCCAUGGGAGAGCCCUUGUAUCGCGUCAGCACCGGUAACUACGAGUACCGCUUGGUGCUGCGGUGUCGGCAGGAGGCUCGUGCCCGCUUUGCCAAGAUGAGGAAGGAUGUUCUGGAGAAGAUAGAGCUGCUUGAUCAGAAACACGUCCAGGACAUCGUGUUCCAGCUGCAGCGCUUCGUCUCAGGCAUGUCGCAUUACUACGACGAUUGCUACGCCGUGCUGAAGGAGGCGGAUGUCUUCCCGAUCGAAGUGGACCUGUCCCGCACUAUGAUCAACUACAGCAGCCAAUCGUACUCCUACACAGACGAAGACGAGGAGGAAGGAGGGGGAGGAGGCGGUGGCGGACAGGAGGGAGGGAGCAGCACAGGCAGACAAACAGAGAACGGAGCAGAGAAACUGAUCGAUGACGAUUGAGUGUGUGUAUUGUACAUGUGUGCUGUGUUGUUGCUGAGAUCAGGUCCAGCCCUCUGUCACAACUUCACUUGCAGUUCACUGCUUUUUGAUGUGGAAAACCCUUCACUUAAAACCAUCCUCAUCAAGCCACUGCUGAAUGAGUGUAAGAGACUGAAUUCAUUUAAAUGCUGCAGAUCAUGAGCUAUACGCAUAGAGGUGUGCCUUCUUGACUUGUGGGUUUGGGCUGUGCUUUAAUGUGCAUGUUGUGGUUUGUUAAAUCUGUACCUUAAUAGUUACAUUUUUAUUUUCUGAUUUUCUUUGCUACAGUCUUGUCAAAUCCAGAACAAGGGUUCAGACAUCAUUCUUUUUAUUCCUGGAGGGUUUGUUACAUGCAUUUUUCCUGUUUUCAUCUCAGCACAUUUUUUGUUGUGUAAUGGAUUACUCACUCCCUCUCAUGUUUUUCAGGAUUAUAUUAGUGUCUCCCUCGAGGUUAAUAUACAGGACACUUACAGAGCUUUAAUAUACCAUGUAUAUGGUUUGGAAAAAUGGAAACACUACAUGUAAAUAAGUCUAAAAGGAAAUUGUCACAGCUUUGUUUUUGCAUAUCCACUGUAUUUAUUCUUUGGUCAAAAUUAUAUUUAAAGAUUUUUAUGGCUAAGUAUACACUACAAGAUAAACUCUAUAGUGAUUAUUCAUAAUAAUCCACCAGCGUGACUCUGGUCAGGAUUUCUGCUGUCAUUCCUUAUGUUUAUGGGAAAUAAAAUGAUUGUGUAUUUUCAUCAUGUACUGGAGGGGGCAGCAUUGAAUCACACUGUCCUGCAUUCACAGUACUAUGUGCUUUUUGUGUUGAAAUACAUUAUUUGUUGGAUUUUUUUGUUGUUUUUUUUUUUGUUUUUCUGGACAUCUAAAGUGGAAUUGAUCAAAGGGACCCAUUUGUUUUUGCUAUGACAUAUUUCGACCAUUACAGCUACAGCACAUUGAAGCUAGUAGUAGAAGUAUUUGGAAGAAAAUUGACGUGAACCUAAAAAGGGGGUUAAAAAAUGGUUUUCUAGAAUAAAUAAAAAUAAAUAAUCGUCACUAAA